CUUGCUCUGCAGUGGGCGUGAUGGAGGAAAUGAUCUAAAGGCAAGGAGGGGAGAAUAUCUGGAAGGGGGCAGUAUUUCUUACAUUGCCUUUUGAACUAUCAUACGUAGUUGUUACAGUCUGGAAUCUGUCUGUCAGUCCUACACUCACUAAGAAUCAACAGUAUAUUCCAGAUGGCAACACGAUUGUUUGAGGGGAAAUUACAUGCAUCACACUACCAAAAAUACAGGAUUUCUCCACCACAGGAAAUCCAAGAUCUGAUCCUCAAUUAUCUUGACAAAAGGCUAAAAAAACCCUUUGGACUCGCAGUAGAUGUUGGUUGUGGAACUGGGCAAAGUUCAAGAUCUCUGAUUCCUUAUUUUCAAAAUGUUUUGGGGACAGAUAUAAGUGAGGCCCAAAUAGAAGAGGCCAAACAUGCAGAUGGUUUUCCAAACUUGGUCUACAAGGCAUGUGCAGCUGAGGAACUACCAGUACAGGAUGCAUCUGUAGAUCUGAUAACUGCAUGUGCUGCUGUCCACUGGUUUAAUAUUGAAAAGUUUCUGAAAGAGGUUGACCGAGUACUGAAGCCCCAUGGUUGCCUUGCUUUUUAUACCUAUCUUCCAGAUAUGGAGGUCCAUUACAAAGACCGAUCGCAGCAGCUUACACAGGUCAUGAAGGAGGUGCAAGAUGCUCUGUCUCCAUAUGUAAAUGAAAAAGUUCAACUUGUCAGAUCUGGUUAUAAGGAAAUUUUUGAUGUAAUACCCUAUACCGACAAGCAGAGGGUGGAGAAUAUAGUUAGCUCAUUCUCAAUGUCAUUGAAAGAUGUGUUGGGUCUCAUUCAAACCUUCUCCAUGUACCAAACUUUUCUUAAAGUCGAACCUGAGAAAGCAAAAGAUUUAUUGGAGACAACUGAAAAGAGGUUUCUGGAAAUCAUGCAAGUCUCAUCCACAGAGACAAUAGUAGAGCUACAGCACAAUUAUAAUUGUGUACUGGCUUCUAAACCUUAAUAAAGAUGGAAGAUAUGAAUGAUCUCGUAUCACUUUGCUUGAAAACUGAUCUCUAUUGAUUAGUUUUCCGAUAAAUACUGGUGCACUGAAUGUGGUUUGAGAAUAUCACAAUUUAAAAUUAGUAAGGCAUUGGAAAUUCUGCGUUGGUUAAUUUCAAUGAAAUUUUUUUUCACUUUCAUUCUUGGUUGAAAAUUACAAAUAAAGUACUUUAUGAUUCUU